GAAAAAUGUCAAAAUAGUGUUCGCCGUUUCAAGGGGAGGAAAAUUAAUGUAAAAAUUGACAGAUUUUAGUCUACCUUGCAGCAUAUAUGCCGUUCUCUAUUUUUUUAAAUUAUCAUAUUUCUGUUAAUUAAGUGUACAUAAUUGGUAAGAAAUAGAGUUUGUGUAGAUGCACUAACAUAAGCAUAAGUGUAAAGUAAGCGAGUGGUAAGUUUUAUUGUGAAAAUACUGUCGAGCAAUUUAGAGGGGUAGUAACGGUAUGACGGAAAAUGGCAUGCGUGUUGGAGGAGGCGCAAGCGGUGCAGAUGUUGGCGACUAUAGUAAUGGAAAUCAUGAACACGAGCUUGGGCAGGAAACCCUUAAAGGUGCUACUCGCUUAAAUGAGACUGCACAGAAGUACAUGCAGGAGCUGCUUGCUGAGCGAUCACGUAUGGAAAACCAUUUUCCACUAGCUGUCAAGUUGAUCGAUGAAGCUUUGGAGCGUAUACAGCUAAAUGGACGUAUACCCACGCGUGAACAAUAUGCUGAUGUUUAUCAGCAAAGAACUAUCAGACUGUCACAAAAGGUGCACGUUCCAAUUAAAGAUAAGAAGUUUAAUUACGUUGGAAAAUUACUUGGUCCCAAGGGUAAUUCACUGCGUCGCCUUCAAGAGGAAACACAAUGCAAAAUUGUUAUACUCGGGCGUUUUUCAAUGAAAGAUCGCGUACGCGAGGAGGAACUACGCAACUCAGCUGAUGCCAAAUAUGCUCAUCUCAAUUUGCCAUUACAUGUCGAAGUGUCAACUGUUGCCCCACCAGCUGAAGCUUAUGCUCGCAUUGCAUAUGCUCUAGCAGAAAUUCGUCGCUAUUUGAUACCAGACAAGCAUGAUGAUAUAAGACAAGAACAGUUUCGCGAAUUGAUGGAAGAUCCCGAGGCGGCUAAAAAAAUCACUAUACGUCAACAACAGCAGCAGCAGCAACAGCAAAAUAAUGCUCAUACAGUUGGUGGCGGAGGAGGCGGUAAUAAUAAUAAUUCAAAUCAUCGUUCAGGUGGUGGAGCUGGAGGCAGUGGCAUGUAUAGGCCAAAAUAUCAACAACAAUCUCAUAAUUACCAUUAUAAUGAUGAGACUGUCUAUUAUCGUUCGAAUAACAACAACUACCAUCCACACAAACCUUAUGUGCCAGCUGCCCAACGCUCAAGCUUAAUGCACUCAGCAAUGCCGCCACAAGCCAUUGUAAACGCUUCGCCAUCGGGUAUGAUGCAAAGUUCAUCAAAUUUUAGUGGGCGUGGACCAGUCAUGAAUAGUGGCGGCAUGACGUCUAAUAACGCAAAUAAUUUAAGAUACCGUUCAUCAUUGCCGCCGUAUCAAUAUAUUAAAAAAUAAUGGAAAACUAUUUAUAAAUAUAUAUAUGUAUAUAAACAUAUAUGGAUUUCGG